CUAUAUUUGAAAAUUUGACAAUGAGCAAAUCGGCCAAUUGCCGCCCAAUUCUCUCUUUCCGUCAAAUGAACUCUUUAAUUACGUACGCCGUUGACGAUAAUGACCUCGAUGACGCCGCCUUGUGGGCGGUGAUCGACUCCGCUGCCGCCGCCGCCUCCAACACCUCCAGGACAACCACCGUCUCCACCGUCAAACACUGUAAACCUCUGCCUGUCAAGCAUUCCCCCACUGUCCCCUUCCCCAUAUCCUCUCCCCAAUGUAGUAUUUCCAGAAACCCUAGAAAGCAUCCUCACCCCGAUGGCGAGGACUUCAAUAAAAGCUCAAAACAAGUCGCUACGAUUAACUCUCCGGCUUCCUCGUAUCGCAGUCAGGAGGAUACGCCCCCUUUGGCAUUGGUAAAGCACGUGCAGCGCACGGCGGCGAGACCGGUAUAUUCUUCACCGCCGGAAACGAGAUCUUCCGUUACUGAAUACGGUAACUGUAAUAAUAGUCCCGGUAGUUCCGAGUGUUCUCCAGUAACGACAAUGAACCAGGGAAGGUGCGAUGAUAGAACAGGAUUUACAAGGCAUAGCUUGUUUGGUCAGUUUCCGACGGUGGAGCUGUUCAAGGAUUACCAAAAUGCAGCAAUGGCGAUUUUGGAGAGAAGUGAUUACACAAUGAUUUCUGGAAGCCCUUAUAUUAAAAAAUCAGGAUGGAGGAAGAUCUCUUUUUACUUCAACCUGUCUUUUGAAAUCAAAGACAAGACCAUUGAGUUUGAUGAAAACCGAAAUGUUGUCAGAGCAGAAUUUGUGGCUCGGGCGUACAUGCAGGGAGGUAGGUUUUCAGAUGGAUGGGGUUCAUGUGAGCGGCGUGAAAAAAAGUUUAUGAAACCAAAUCAUGACAUUCCAAGUACAGCAGAGACCAGGGCUAAAAAUAAAGCUUGCCAGGAUCUGCUUGGAAUCGGGGAAUAUAGGUCUGGUGCCAGCCGUUCGUAGUAGUGUGGAUUACAAAUAUUCCCGAAGUGAUUACCCUCAAAUUGCCGAUGUCUCUAAUCUGUAUGGACCUAGAUGAAAUCUUAGGCUCAUGGCUCAUGAGUUUCCAACUUCCUUAUUCGCACACUAAAUUCCCUCUUGUAGUCAGUCAUUCCUGGGUAGUGUGUACUAUCGAAUCGUUUAUUGAAUGAAUCUGUUUCAUCGCCCUGCCGGACAGUGGGAGGAAUAUGUAAUG